GGUACCGGCCUCGUCGUCUGUAGAAAAUCCAAGAUGGCGCAGAAGGUAGUUGCAUUUGGUCAAAAAAUAGCCACAAGAGCUCCGGCCUUGGCUACUAAGUAUGGAUUUCAAAUAACAGCGGCUGCAAAAAGGCGUCAACCAGCUUUGGAGAAAUUCUGGACUAAUGCCAAAGUAGAGCUUGCUCCUCCAGGCCCUUCAGACUGGCCAGCCAUCAAGAAAGCAUUUUCUAACAUCAAACAGGCCACCAUGACUGGCAGAUUCCUKAAUACUACCGUCAARGACAGUGUAUCCAACACCCUUGUUGCUGUAGAGAUAGCCAUGUGGUUUUAUAUUGGAGAAAUUAUUGGAAGACGAAGCAUUGUGGGUUACAAUGUAUAAUAACUUGAUGUGUGUUUCUAAUUGUUGUGAAUGGUUACUAUUAAUUAACCAUGGCUUUGAAUCAUAAUUUUCUGUACUUGACAGUCAAGAGUUGUUUCUGAGAAUAUUGUGUGAACAUCAAUGAGUAAAAUAGCUCUUUUAUCAUAUAAAAUGGUUUCUUUUUAUCUUUAGAAUACACUAUAAAUAGAUUUUAUCAUUUUGAUAAUGAAUUCA